GGUACCCGCCAGGCUCGCCGGAGCGCUGCACACCGCGCCGCCGGAGCUGCCUAGCACCGGCUUCCGGCAGCUGGGCGGCAUGGGGCCACGCUUCUUGGAGGCGGCCGCGAGGGAGCUGGCGGGCAUCUGCCCGGGCCAGGCGCGGUUCCUGCUGUGGACGCUGAGCAGCUGCCGAGAUGAAGAAUUCAGAAAAGAGAGGAUAUGUCCUUACUGCUUCCAGUUCUUGGUUCCUGACAGCUACCGGGUGCGGCUCAAGCCAAAGAUGAAAGUGACCCCACAGAUAGAGAAAAUUCUUAAACGAGAGGCAAAGAACUACAAACUCAAUAUGAAACAGAUAAAGCUUUUGAAAAAGUACAGGGACUCCAAAAGCGUUCUGCUUGUUACUUGUACCUCAUGCAACAAAACAACAAGACAUUACGGUAAAAGCAGGGAUUUUCUGGCUACCAAGACCCACAAUUCGGGCACUCCCACUAUUAAAUCUAGCCUGAAGACACCAGAUGUAAAAAUCCAGUCUGCAAACAAAGUGACACCUGCAAGCUGCAGUAGGUUGGGAUCCAAAGGGAACACUCCCUCAUCACUUCCCAGAACACGCGUAUCUGGACAGGCGACAACCAGUUCCAUUUCCAAGACUCCCCGAAGCUCCAAAUUUCACUUUACUAAGCUAAAACGGAUGCUUAACCUAGAAGAAAAAGAGAAAAGCCAGAAGGUGGAUUUGAAAACCUUCCUGACUUUACUUUAGUUAGUCAUUAUCUCAGAGUAAUAAUGAUUACAGCAAUAAGUACCGUUCCAAUUUUAAUAAACGACUGGUGAUUUUCUUAUGAAUGUUCUCUGUGAUUUGGACUGUUACCCCUGGGGGGUAACACAGAGCCUGCUAAAACUGCACAGUGCUGCAGCUUGCUCUUGGUACCUACUCCCAGCUCCACACUAAACUGUUACUGCUGUGAGAGUAGCAUGCUCAUAAGAAUGCAGGAUGUUUCCUUUCUAACUGCUCUAGUGCUACCAAAAUGGGUCGCUUUUGUCUCUUCUAAAAAGAGCUAAGGAGAGACUGUCUUUCAGUUUUGUCAGGCAGCAGGCUUCACAAUUACUUGCUUCCUGAACUUUGGUCUGGAAAACUAGGUUUGCCCUGCACAGCAGUCAGCUCCUUGUACUGAACAUUAUGAUGCGAGUAGAAGAUUGUCAAGGUUAAAGCGGUCUCCACUGUUUAAUUUUACGUGUUCAGUUCUGUAUAGAGGGGAGAAAGGACAAUAGAAUGUCACUAUUCAGGAGUGAUUUUAUGGCCUUAUAGCUGUGCUUAUGGCUUCCCCUCUGAAAAAAAAAGGCUCAACUAGUUAAGAACAUUUCAGUUCUUGGUUUUAAAGAUCUGUGGAUUUUUUAAAUAAUUUUCAAUAAUUGUUUCCUUUAAGUAUUUAGGAUUCAGGGCAUGCUAUUUAAGAAACAGGACCAGCAAGUAUAUUUGCAGACUUAAAAGCAGUUCCUGGCAGGGGAGAAUAGCGCGUUGCAAACUCUACUGACAGUCUCAAAGAUCACCAUGUAACCUUUUUUGUGUUUCCUACGCUCUUACACAGUAGUUUUGAAACGUUCACUCCAGUGGGUUUCUUACUUGUAGGAUUAAAGUAACUCAAUUCUUGGAUCAAAAUAUGGACUAGUUAGCACCUUUUGCAGCGAAGUGCUUUGCAUUAAUCCAUCCAUUGCUGCUAUGUUUACAAUCCGGUCCUGUGUAAAAACACUUCCAUCUUGUUGAUGGAGAAUUUGUAUUACAAAAAAAAAAGUGUUUGUAAGACAGAUCUUACAAAUAAAUUUUUAAGUUGUGCACGUUA